UAGUUUGUUUUGAAUUAGACCCAACUCGUGGUUUUGUAAAAUACACGCGUAAAAACAUUAUCACUGAAGCAGUAAAUAACAUAAAACGUGAUUAAAGUGCAACAUUGCUGUAAUUUCUCGCGCGGAAAGGCGAGCUUUCGAAAGCGGCACGAUGAUGCACUACAAGAAAGGAAAGAACGUGGAGGAGGAACUUUCGAAGGAGGAGAUUCCGAUCGAGGUGUUACCGGAACAAUUUCUCUGGAUGCACGUUAAGGGUGGUUCGGCGGUAACGAAUCUGGUCGAGUAUGCAAAGAAAGCGCUAGAGGACGGAUCGCACCGUUCCGUGGUGUGGAGUGGUUCGGAUGGAGGUGUUGGCAAAACGAUAAGCUGUGCGGAAAUCUUAAAGCGACAAUUUGAGCUUCAUCAGGUGACACGGAUUUGUUACAGAAAAGUUGAAGAAUUCUGGGAUCCACAGGAGGAUGGUUUGGAGCAAAUCGUUGCCAAACGCAAUAUUCCUUGCGUGCACAUUCUAACGUCAUUGGAUGAGAUCGACUCGACGGUGCCAGGUUAUCAGCAUUCCAAAACACACGGUGGCUUCUGGACAGGAUCGGGUCUAAGCUCUUCCGACAGUCCUCGCAAGCGUCCGCAAGGUCAGCGACCCAAAGAGGCAGGCGAUAAGAAAGGUAACUACUUCACCGGACCUCAGCUUAAAAAGAAAGCGAACCGACACUAUUCCAACGGUGAUGAGAACCCUGGAACUAGUAAUGGUGCAAAUCGACAGCAGCAAAAUGCCCGUAAAGGGAAAGACAACAGACAGAAAGAUGCUGACGGAGACGGUGCCGGAAGCUCGCGGGGCAAAGGUAAGCCUAGGGAUGGAGACAAUCGGAAAAAUCCGAACGCUACCGAGGUGGGUGAAAAUCAUGGUGGGACAGAUGGAACUUCCAAAAAGGGCACAGGUGGAGUGGGCGGAGGUCGGAGGGAUAGAAAGAAAUCGGAACAAGAACGGAAAGAAGUUAGGAUGGACACGAGUGAUAAUACUGCGUCACGACAGGAAACCCCUUCUAACGAGAAAGGACAAUAUCAUGGGAAGGAUAACGCUGGUGGAGAUUCAUAAUAAGGAUCUCAUCUCUUGUGAGAAAUAUCUCAUUGUGUAUAAAUGAGUAAAAUUACACAAUAUUAAUAAUUGUCUUACUAUCCACAAGAUGACUUAAUACACACUGACAACAC